GCAAAGUGGCUUUCCUUAUCCCGCUGACGUCGACUCUUUGAGUCGCUGCGAUUCCGGCUGGGCGAUAUGGCUGCCCAGAAGAUCAACGAGGGCUUGGAGCACAUCGCUAAAGCAGAGAAAUACCUGAAAACUGGAUUAUUAAAAUGGAAACCAGACUAUGAUAGUGCAGCUACAGAAUAUUCAAAGGCAGCUGUUGCUUUUAAAAAUGCCAAACAAUUUGAACAAGCAAAAGAAGCAUAUUAUAAAGAAGCUCUAUCCCAUGAAAAUAAUAAAGCUUUCUUUCAUGCUGCAAAGGCUUAUGAACAAGCGGGUAUGAUGUUAAAGGAGAUGCAGAAACAUCAUGAUGCAGUGGAACUGAUUCAGAAAGCCAGCAUGAUGUACCUGGAGAAUGGAACACCUGACACAGCAGCUAUCGCACUCGAUCGGGCUGGGAAGGUAAUAGAAAAUAUAAAUCCAGAUAAAGCUAUACAGCUAUAUCAGCAGACAGCUUCAGUAUUUGAAAAUGAAGAACGUUUACGGCAAGCAGUUGAAAUGUAUGGAAAGGCUUCAAGGCUUUUAGUCAGAGGCCGUAGACUAGAUGAGGCUGCAGCAUCUCUUCAAAAGGAAAAGAGUAUUUAUAAAGAUAUAGAAAACUAUCCAACAUGUUACAAAAGAACUAUUGCCCAGGUCUUAGUACAUCUUCAUAGAAAUGACUAUGUUGCUGCAGAAAAAUGUGUCAGGGAGAGCUAUAGCAUACCAGGCUUCAUGGAAAGCGAAGACUAUGCAGCCCUGGAGCAGCUCCUGGAAGGGUAUGAUCAACAAGACCAGGACCAAGUAUCAGAUGUGUGCAAUUCUCCACUCUUUAAGUAUAUGGACAAUGAUUAUGCAAAGCUUGGCCUUUCGCUGACUGUCCCAGGAGGAGGUAUAAAGAAGAAAUCCCCAGUUACUCCACAGAGUAAAGGAGGUGGACCAGUUGUAUCAACUUCUCAUGGAAAUGAGGAAGAUGAUGAAUAUGCAGGUGGAUUGUGCUAAUUCUAACUCUGUUCUCAAAUACUAUAUAAGUUUUUGCCCAGUGAACAAAUUCCAGAGGCAAUUAAAAUGGCAUCAUUGCAAUCAUGAAAUUGGAAAGACAAUAAUAUCAGCUUUGGGAUAUUUGUAUAAAAAGCAUGACUAUGCACCUUGAAGUAUUUCUGGAUUACAAUCAUAAACCGUAGUUCUUUACAGUGUGUUGAUUUUAAAGGAGUACUUGAGUACUGUAAUCCCUUCAAAAAAGGGAGAGAAUUUGGAAGGCAAUGUUUAUAUUGGAUUUUUCUCUCUAAAUAUCUGUAAUUUGGGAAUCUGUUUCAUGCCUCAGUAUCAACAAUCCUGCUAUUCGUACUAUUUCUGUUUUUGAAUAAUAUCAUUAAAUUAUUUCGAAACACCUAAAACUAUUAUAGAUUUCCUUUUACUUGUUUGAAUAUAAUGUUUAAUGAAUUGUCUAUAUACACAUCUAUGAUUUGAACAGGAAUUCAGUGGAGUUUCUUUGCCAGGAAAGCACAGGUUAGAGACAGGAAUGUGAUAACCAUUCCUGUGAAGAUUUAAAAUGUGUCGAUUUGCAAUGUGUGGAUUUAAUGCACAAAUAAUGUGAAAUGAUUUGUACUUGAUGGACUUCGUAGAUAAACCAAAAAAGAAAUCCAGCUAUAAAAGAGUAUACUGUCUUCUAUUUGGAAUCCCAGUGGGCUAGAACUGUUUGACAUUUGUAUACUUUCUUGAAUAUUCUUCGUUAUAGUGGAGCUCAGAUUUUCAGCCUUUGCAUAAUGAGACUGCUGAAAUGUCCAGUAAAAUAACUUGAAUUUUCAUAGACAUUUGUACAUUAUUUCCUGCUACCUGCCACUAAAUUUGACAAUUCUUCUAUUUAAGGGAAUUUAGGCAAAUGAAUCUACUUGAAUGAUUGUGGAUAGCUGUAAUAACUGUCCACAAUAGCAUAUUAUGUGAGAAAGGAAAGAUAGCAGUCAGAUGCUCCUCUGUGUUUGUUCAGAAAAAGCUGUAGGCUUUUAAUUCCCUGCAUCCAGGAAUCAUAGAUUUCAAGAAGUAGAGCAUAAGAAUGUUGAACCUAGGGCCAAAUUAAAGGCUUUGGUGUAAUUCCAGACAUAGAACUUGGAAUGGUUGGCAGUGAAAAUAAUGUUUUAAUUCUAGAUUUAAUUAUGCUUUCAAAAUUGGAAUUUGUGACAGUGAAUGUAGUUUAAUACAUUCAGUGUCUAUCCUUGAAUAUUUGACCUACUGAUCUAUAUUAUAGCAGAUUAAAAAGUAAUGGAUUUACUGUUUCCUUUGUGAAAUGUAAAUAAUCUGUGUUUUCCAAAUAAUUAGUGCUUUGUUUUCCAAGGUAUUGUACACACUUCUUUUAACUGGAUCAAAAAUGUAGCAAAGAAGAAAGUUUUGGAAGUAAAUGCCAGCUUUUAGAGAGCAACAUCACAACCGUUGGUUUGCAUGAAUAUGCUGAAAUGUAAUCCAGUGUUACAUAAAAGUAACUGUAUUCGGAGUGACUUGUCUGUAUAUCCAGAUACUGUAUAAAAUGAUUUUUUGCAAUGUGAACCUUGUACUUAAUUGUAAAUGUGCCCAGCUUAUUAGUAAAUGCAAUAGAGUAUGAAAGGUGUUACAAAUCCCCUGCUGCUCUAGCCUAAGAAACUCUGUAGUUCACCCAUACAAAAUAAAAAAGAUAAACUCUAA